AUGUGCCAUGUUACGGGCUAUACCGCGAUGUGUUUUGCGGCCCAAAGCCGCAAGCUUCGAGAUUAUCAAGAAGAAUGCAUCGACUCAGUUCUUUCCUCCCUAAAGAACGGUCACAAAAGAGUCGGAAUAUCUCUAGCUACUGGUAGCGGUAAAACAUCGAUUGACAUAAAGAAGGUCAUCUUUACACAACUCAUUGAUAGAAUCCCAACAGCAAAUAAGGACGCGCAACAGACACUAAUAUUGGCGCAUCGUCGUGAGCUGGUGGAACAAGCAGCCAACCACUGUCAACGCGCGUAUCCUGACAAGAGGAUCGAGAUCGAGAUGGGCAAUGUCCAUGCAACGGGAACGGCAGACAUCACAGUCGCCAGCGUACGAAGCAUAACGUCACAAGGCCGUCUUAAGAAAUUUGACCCGUCUCGCUUCAAACUUUUGCUGGUCGACGAGGCUCAUCACAUCGUCGCUCCAGGGUACCUCAAGACCCUUCGUCACUUUGGAUUGGAUCAGAAGCGACCUGACUCCCCAAAUCUAGUUGGUGUCUCUGCCACGUUUUCACGGUUUGAUGGAGUGAAACUGGGCGCAGCCAUUGACGAAAUCGUUUAUCACAAAGAUUAUGUGGAUAUGAUCUCUAAGAAGUGGCUGUCGGACGUCAUUUUUACAACUGUUGAAUCCAAGGCAAACUUAUCCGAAGUCAAGAAGGGGGCUUUCGGCGAUUAUCUUCCUUCGGAUUUAUCCAAGGCUGUCAACACCAGUGAGAUCAACGACAUAACAGUCCGCAGCUGGAUGGCGAAAGCUCCAGGAAGAAAGUCAACACUUGUGUUUUGUGUUGACGUCGCCCAUGUGGUGGAGCUGACAGAUCGGUUCCGACAGCAUGGCUUUGACGCGAGAUAUGUUACUGGAGAGACCCCCAAGAUUGAAAGAGGCGAGACCUUGAACUCGUUUCGAAAAGGAGAGUUUCCUGUGCUGGUCAACUGCGGUGUUUUCACCGAAGGAACUGAUAUCCCAAAUAUCGAUUGCAUUAUCCUCGCGAGGCCGACGAGGUCUCGCAACUUGCUUGUUCAAAUGAUCGGUAGAGGAAUGCGGUUGCACCCGGGAAAGAAGAACUGUCAUAUCAUUGAUCUGGUCUCGAGUUUGGACACUGGAAUCGUGACCACACCAACGCUAUUUGGUCUUGACCCUGAUAUCCUGGUUGAGAGGGCAACAGUGAAUGACCUACGCAAAAUCAAGGACACAGAGCAUGUCACGUCUCAACAACCUUUGUCAUACCAGACAACUCCCGGGCCUGGAGCCGAUAGUGUCACAUUCACAGACUAUGACUCGGUUUUAGAUCUUAUCGCUGAUACGUCUGGCGAGAAACACAUCCGGGCCAUAAAGGUACGAGCUCUACCGCCUGGCGUAGCCAAAGCACCAUACGCAAUGCCACGGGAGAUCCUCACGGCAGCCACAUUCACUGAUGCAGUGCAUGGAGCGGACAGUUUCGCGGCCAAGAUGUUCCCCCACACAUUUAUUCACCGCUAUCAAAGAUGGCGGACACUUCCACCUACACAGGGACAAGUUGAUUUUAUCAAUAAGAUGCGGGGAAAGGCGGAACCUUUGAAGCUCGAAAACCUAGACAAGGGUAAGGCGGCGGACAUGAUCACAAAGCUCAAGCAUGGGGCGCGUGGUCAGUUUGCGAGAAUUGAGGCAGGACAGAGAAGACAAGAUAAACAAGACCGCUUGGCCGAGGCUAAGAGACUUCGAGAGCAGGUCAAACGGUAUGGCAGCGCGCGGGGUGGUUCAUCUGUUGAAGACUUGUUAUCAGAGACACAUCUUGAUGACCUGAACUCAACACCAACCUUCAUCAUGAAGCCGAACAAGUUGUCGGCCCCAUGCGCCCAACCUACUCCUCCUCUACUCAUAGAGAAUCUAGGCAAAGAAGUGCCUCUCAAUAGAAGUCAAGAAGAGAAACAAGACACUUAUCCAAGCUCUUCAUCUAGGAACAAUCUCAAAGUAUUCUCGCCACACAGUCCGCGAGCUCUUAAAGAUUACCUCUGCAGCCCCAACCAGGGAGAAGUGUCUUCAGUUGAUCUUCACACCCCUCCUACCGACCCUCAAAAGGAUAAGCUCGAUGUUGGAGAUGGGCGCGAAAGCAAGCUCAAACGGAGCAUCGACGCCCAAGUCAAUCGACCUCGGGAGUAUCACAAGCCCAACACUAGCCACCGAUCUCAGUUCACCUUUCCAGAGCGCAAGCCCGAAUUCAAGAUGCUAAAGAACUGGCAUUCCGAAUGCACCUAUCCUUGCAACAAAGAAUAUCCCGAAGAUGAUGAGUUCACCUUUAAGCCCAGAGUCCUCGCUAAGCAGAUCGACCCUGAGAUCCCUCUAUCCCUACACAAGUGGCAUAGUGAAGUCAACUUUCUCGAGCCACUCGCUCUUGAAGCAGAUAUUCGUCAAGAGUAUGCUGUUCAUGUUACCUACAAGAAGCACCAUCACGAUGCUAGUGUCAAAAAGAUCAAUGAUGAGAGACAGGCCACUGCGGAACAGGAGGCUAUCAAGAUGCUCGACUUGAACACUCCAAUCGAAUUCCCUGUGGUGCCCCGCGAGGUACAACAAGAAAUAUACAACGACAAAGUCGAAGUUGCCGCUUUGACCAGAAAGAUUGCCAUUCGCGAUGGAUAUGUCGAAGGCAUGAUUGCUGGAGAAUUCACUUUUCACCCAGAUACCUCUCACUUACCACUUACCGAGAACCAGACGGCGGUUCUUCGUGAAGCUGAGAGUUUUCAGGGGCUGUUCUCGCUGGGAGAGGUCAAUGAAGAUGAAGAUGAAUAUAAUAUUCUCCAGAAGACUUCAAAGGUCAAGUCUUCCAACAAGUCUUCGACUUGCAAAUCUUCAAAGUAUGAUCAGUGGCUCAAAGAGCAGUCAUCCAAUAUCUGUCAGGCGACUAAGUGGCUUGAUGAAGAGGCGGCCUUUUCGAAGAAGAAGGCAUACAACAAAGCCUUUUCCAAGCAGGUCAAGUACCACUUCCCAACUUUCAACUCAUCCCAUAUGAAAGAACUUCCCAAAGCCGUCGAUACCAACAAACUUGAAUGGGAAACCGACUAUUUCCCCUACCUGCUCCCUGAGACUGAGUAUGACUCUAAGCGUCACAAUAUGUACGAAACUCCUGUCAAGACUAAUGUCCCCAAAUGGUUCCCAACCUUCACCAGCUAUGGCGUUGUCCCCCUCAACCGCCGCAACGGCAUCGGGAAGCAGUACGAAGAGUUCCUUACCCAGAUCUGGAGACUCGAGAACCAAAUGCGCAGCAAGGAAAACAACAAGUGGGAUAAGAAAUGGCACGAACACAGCUCUCACUGGGCCGAACCUUUCCAGAAGGCGAGCGGUCAAGAAUGGGUCACAUUCGAGAAGGCCGCGCCGCGCGAUCUUGUCGAGCAAGAUGUGGUUUCUGGGGAAUUCAGCUUCGAUGAUGUUUUCGACAUGGACGGUGGUCAUGACAACAAAGCCAUUGGUACGAAGAAGCCCGAAGUUCAUCUCAAGGAGAUCGAAACGGCUGUGAAGAAGGCCAUUGCGAAGGUUGGUAUAUGA